GAGACCAACCAAUACAGAAGCCGUUCUUCUGAAGCGCACAUCAUCCUUCUUUACUCCUGUAGUCUGCGGAGAGGAGAGCCUUUUCUUAUAGUUUUUCAUUCUUCAUGCAGACCAUGUAGCAACCUCUGUAUUGAAAAUCUCGCGUACCUUACGCUCUCUUAUUCCGAAAAAGAAACGUCCUUUUGCUAAUUUUGUUGAUACCCAUUAAGCCAACCAACUCUUUUUAUAUGUUCAUGCAAAACAAAAGCAACAUUCUUACUACAUUGGAAACUUGAAGAAGACAUCUUAGUUUCAAGCUUUGGAUUAAUGGGUAGAAGAAGAUUGCAAGGCACUGAAAAUGCAACCAACGGUGUUGUGUUCUCUUGUUCUGUGAUUAGGAUCAAUCGAAGUCCUGCAUCUCACGCUGGUGGGUUGUUUGCAAGCGUUGGUCAAGUAGCAAGGGGGUUUGUUAUUACACCAAAUCUUCAGAAUCCUAUAGAUAAAAGCACAAAGCUUCUGAGUUCCACAUACAUGAAAUAUAUGCCAACUCCGGAUUUUGGUUGGCGGAUUGGCAGGGUUGAUGAGUUGGUGGAAGGAGAGGCGUUGGAGCUUGGAGAAGAAGAGCUGCUCAAGAACAACAAAAGGGGUGGUUUGAAAUUGAAAAUUAAGAUUGGGAAUGCAUCAUUGAGAAGGUUGUUCAGUGGAGCAAUAGCAGGCGUGGUGUCGCGCUCUGCGGUUGCACCAUUGGAGACAAUAAGGACCCAUUUGAUGGCGGGGAGCUGUGGUCACUCCAGUUCUCAAGUAUUUCAAUCUAUCAUGGAGACUGAUGGAUGGCAAGGCUUAUUCAGGGGUACUUUGGUCAAUGUCAUCCGGGUUGCCCCAAGCAAGGCUAUUGAGUUAUUCGCUUAUGAUACGGUUAAUAAGCACUUGACUCGACCUGGGGAGGAGCUGAAAAUCCCAAUUCCCGCUUCAUCAAUCGCAGGCGCUGUUGCUGGAUUUAGCUCAACCUUGUGUACAUACCCUCUGGAAUUGUUAAAAACACGAUUAACUGUGCAGAGAGGAGUGUACCAUAACUUUUUUCACGCAUUUUCUAAAAUUGUCCAAGAGGAGGGACCUGCAGGACUGUACAGAGGCCUCACCCCAAGUUUAAUUGGAGUAAUUCCAUAUGCUGCCACCAAUUACUUUGCUUAUGAUGCACUCUCAAAAGCUUACAAGAAAGCUUUCAAAAAGGAGGAAAUCGGAAAUAUAACUACACUUUUAAUCGGGUCAGCAGCUGCUGCAAUUUCAAGCAGUGCAACUUUCCCACUUGAGGUGGCUAGAAAGAAAAUGCAGGUCGGGGCUCUGAAUGGGAGACAAUACAAGCACAUACUUCAUGCUCUUUCUAGCAUACUUGAGAGUGAAGGAAUUGCUGGUUUAUACAGAGGGUUGGGGCCAAGCUACAUGAAAUUGGUCCCUGCUGCUGGAAUAUCCUUCAUGUGCUAUGAGGCAUGCAAGCGGAUACUGACUGAGAAUGGGGAAGAAAUCUAAUACGCUGAAAACCGCAGAGUUUGUAAUUUUUCGAUCAAUUGAAAGGUAGGUAGUUUUUAGUUCAUAAACUGAAAAAUGUGGCUGACUCACUAGCUAACCUUGCUCUGAAUAUUGAGCUGGGAUGUUCCAUCUUUGAGU